GAGAGAGAGAGAGAGAGAGAGAGAGAGAGAGAGAGUAGUUCUUGAUGACAUUAUAGAGACUCACACCACAUACUGUAGGUUACUUUUUUCCCCUCCCGGCGACGUCCUCUGCUGAGUUGCGCUCCUGGAUUUAAGUGCGUCUUGGCGAAGUCCGUCCCCAUCAGCCAGCGGCUUCAACCUUCCUGUCAUUCGGCUGGACCAAACCGGGAGGACUGCUUGUAACCUCUCUCACUUCACCCGGAGAAAGAUUUCACGCGAAAAUAAGUACGGAUGCUGGAAUCUUUGAAUUGAUUGGUGCAAACAGAGAGAAGAUAAAAAAGCCAGAUAAAGGAAAAGCAGAAGAGAAAACAGAAGCCGAAGAAGAGAAAGACAAAGGAAGAGGAGAGAGAGAGAGACAGAGAGAGAGAAAGAGAGAGAGAGAGAGAAGAAAACAUAAAGUUCUUUAGGAAGAGGAGAGAAAGAAAGAGACGGGGACGAUGGGGAGGAAAAAGAUUCAGAUCACGCGGAUUAUGGAUGAACGCAACAGACAGGUGACAUUUACAAAGCGAAAGUUUGGCCUGAUGAAGAAGGCGUAUGAGCUAAGCGUGCUGUGUGACUGUGAGAUUGCCCUGAUCAUCUUCAACAGCACCAACAAGCUGUUCCAGUAUGCCAGCACAGACAUGGACAAGGUCCUGCUUAAAUACACCGAGUACAACGAGCCCCACGAGAGCAGGACCAACUCGGACAUUGUGGAGACAUUGAGAAAGAAGGGCCUAAACGGCUGUGACAGCCCAGACCCCGACGCAGACGACUCGGCAUUGAGCAAGAAGGAGAACAAAGGCGGCGAGAGCCCGGAGCUCGAGUCUGCUCUCACCCUCACCCCACGCACUGAGGAGAAAUACAAACAGAUUAACGAGGAGUUCGAUCACAUGAUUAAAACUCAUAAAAUACCUCAGGCCGUACCCCCGUCUAACUACGAGAUGCCCGUGUCCAUCCCCGUUAGCAACCAGAACAGUCUCAUUUACAGCCAUCCUGGUGGUUCCCUAGGCAACCACAACCUGUUGCCACUGGCACACCACGGCCUACAGAGAAAUAGCAUGUCUCCUGGAGUCACACACAGACCCCCCAGUGCAGGUAACACAGGUGGCCUCAUGGGUGCUGACCUCACCACUGGCGCGGGCACCAGUGCUGGAAAUGGGUAUGGGAACCACCGUAACUCGCCCGGUCUGCUGGUCUCUCCAGGUGGCAUGAACAAGAACAUGCAGGCUAAAUCUCCCCCACCCAUGAACUUGGGCAUGAACAACCGCAAACCUGACCUACGUGUACUCAUCCCUCCCGGCGCCAAGAACAACAUGCCCUCCAUCAACCAGAGAAUAAACAACUCUCAGUCUGCUCAGUCAUUGGCCACCCCGGUGGUAUCAGUAGCAACUCCCACUCUACCAGGACAAGGCAUGGGCGGCUACCCAUCUGCCAUCUCUACUUCCUAUGGUACUGAGUAUUCCCUGAAUAGUGCAGACCUGUCCUCCCUGUCUGGCUUCAACAGUGGCAGCUCCCUUCACCUUGGCUCGAUGAGCGGGUGGCAACAGCAACACCUCCAGAACAUGCAGCACUCAGCCCUCGGCCAGCUAGGAAAUUGCUCUAGCUCUCACUUAUGUCAGGGUUCAAAUCUCUCCCUGCCCUCUGCUCAAAGCCUGCACAUCAAGUCCGAACCUGUUUCUCCUCCUAGAGAUCGCACCAGCAGCACACCGGGGGGCUACGGCGGCGGGGUGCCGCCUCCCCAGAAUCCUUCGUCCCGCCAGGACUCGGGACGCUCCCCCGUUGAUAGCCUGAGCAGUUGCAGCAGCUCCCAUGAGGGCAGCGACCGCGACGAGCACAGGAAUGAGUUCCACUCACCUCUGGGACUGGCCCGGCCCGCCCUGGAUGAGCGCGAGAGCCCCUCCAUCAAACGGGUGCGCCUGUCAGAGGGAUGGGCGACAUGAUAGCUCUCUCUUCUCCCCCGGCAGUGCCCCGAGUUGCCCUGAGCCCCCAACACACAGCGUUACGAUGCCCCCAAGUCAAGCUCCUUCUCUUCCUGCUCUCACUCGAUAUCACGAGUCACUCACCACCCAACCCCACGGCCUCUCUCCUUUUAUCUCUCUAUCGCUGAAGGAAAGUAGAGGGACAGCCCUUUUCUAAAAUCUAUUUGUAAUGUUUUUUUCUCCUUGAUUUAUUUUCUUCUUUUUGCUGAGUGUGUGUGUGCUAUACAUAUUGACGUUAUAUAAACCAGUGGGGUGUUGUACUGGGGGUUUGGGUGGGUGGAUGUUGGUUGGGAUGGCAUAAGGGGGUAUUUUUGUUGGGGAACUAUGCAUAAAUUGUAUUGUGUGUGGAUAAAAAGAAUCACGUAUGCAUAUAUCUUUACACGUGUGUGUAUGUGUACAUAUAUGCAUAUCAACAAAUAAACAAAAAAAAGUCAGGUACUCUGUUUCGUAAAAAGUACUUAAAAUUUGCCUCAGCGAUAUAUCAGUGACUAGAGACAAAAAAAAAAAACAUAAACAUGAGAGCGAGUAUGUCGAGUGGAAAACACCUUAGCACUUGAGUUGGACAACCAAUACAUGUGUACAGUGUCAGUUUCAUCGCUAUAUACCUUCUCUGCAGUUCUCCCUUGCAAAAAUGUGUGUUAACAUUAGAUGAUGUCAUGUUGCAGGUUCAACGUAUUUAUGUAAAUAGAGGGUCGAGGGGGAAGGGCGGGGGUCAAAAGUUGCCAGACAUUACAAGAUUUAUUUACUCACUAAAUGAAAAGCUAUUAUGCAACAUUUGAAGGAUUGUACAGGUAAACAGGCAGACCCAGUGGUAGUUGUGUGGAACCUUUGAUGAUUUUAGCGCUCCCCUUAAAGAACGGAGCUGAGUGAGGACCACCCUUUGAUCUAAGAGCUACGUUAGUGUAAUCGAGAAAACUCUGGGUCUUGUAUUAACUAUUCAGUAUUAAUAAACAAAAAAAAAAAGGAAAAAUAAAAAACAAUUGUACGAUACACUUGCUUAUAUUUUCAUAUGAAAGGAAUACAAUGCAAAGCAUUUUUGUGGCUUUUUGUAGUUUCUAUAAGCCAGAAUGUGUUUUUUGAUAGCUUUGCUAAUAAGAGAUGGAUAGUUCAACCAGAGGUGAAAUGACAGGGCUUUGAAGCCCUAAGCCAUGAAAACAGACUGAGAUCCAAUGCUUUGCUGAACUGUUUUAUCUUUGUAGAGGUUUGUUUUUAAACGUGUAUUUCUAAUUAUAUAUAAUAAUGGUAAUAUUAAGAAUCUUUAAAAAAUCUGUGAAAUUAACAUGCUUGUGUAUAGCUUUCUAAUAUAUAAAUAUAUAUAAUAAUGAUUUUUGUUGGUUUCUUAGUGGAGUUUCUAUGUGCAGUUGCACAUAUUGUCUGGUUUGUUUGAUUUGAGCUCUGAACAGUGCUGUUCAGGAGUGUAUUUAGUCUAACCUUAAAAACCAGCUGGAAAGCAUUGCCAGGCUUUGUGUAAAUGAGGAACGACAGGCCUAAAUGCUGAAAAACAACCUGUUAGUGGAAAAUGUCUCAAGACUGGAACUGGGGAUGACACAGAAAUAGAUGCUGACACAUGAAGUACAUGCUUGUCAUACUUUUGUGGAAAUAAUAUUACCCGCAAUCCAUGUUUAGAUGGAUCAUAUAUUGCAUUUUUAACAUUAAUUAUAUCCUUAAUAUAGUUUAUCCCAUGAAAAAAAAAAAAAAAAAAUCCGCAACAUUUUUUUUUAAACCUCACCUCUUCACCACAGCCUGUACUUGUGUUCAGGAUGUUGCAAAAGCCCAGAUUGAUAGAAACUGUGUUUGUUUGAAAUCAUAUUCAUGUCAGGUAAUGUUGCAAGUGUGUUGCAAUAAUUAUCACUGAUCAAUUGAAAGCCCAGUUUUUUCUGCAUCAUCUUGUGAGUCCUCACGUUCCAUUCUUUAAAACAGGGUUCCACGUCUUUUACUAAUGUCGCUGACAGUUCAAAGUAAGAUGCUGAAGGAAAAAAAAUUGGUCAUGCUGGUAUGGGAGAAGCACAAUUGUUUAUUUUAGAUAAAUAGCUGUUUUGAUUUUCUCUUUUUUAAACAAUGAGACUAGCCACAUAUCUCUCUGCCUCCCACUCCCGUAUCUGCUGUCACUUAAUUAAGUGUUAUGGUAUUUCUGUGUGCAUAUUUCAUGCAGGUUCACUAUGUUGUUACUGUAUACAGUCUGUGUAGUCAAACAGGGGCAGAGCCUCUAACAGUGUUUUUCUCUCUCUUUUUUUUAAUUCAAUACAAAAGGUUGAGAAAAAAAAAAAAGAAACAUGAUAUUUCAGGCAGCAUAUGUGUGGAGAAACCAAAGCCAGUGGCAUUUCUGUGUUGUAAACUCAACUUUUAUUUUCACAUUCAUUUAUGGUUAUUUGCAAGCAUUGAAACAAAACAAUAAAAGAAUUUGCUGAAAUGUA